AUGGGCGUGGCGACGCGGGUCAUCCAAGGUGCGCAGAUCGCCGCCAAGAUGCGUGCGCAGGUCAAGGCCAAGAUCGAUGCCAUUGCGGCGACGACGCCGGCGCGGCCAUCGCUGGGCGUGAUCAUGGUUGGCGACCGGAAAGACUCGCGCCUGUAUGUCGAGGCCAAAGGCCGCGCGUGCCUCGAGGUUGGCAUCACUUCAGUGAACCAAUUCUUCCCGAUGGACGUCGCCCAAGCGGACCUCUUGAAGCAAAUUGACGCGUUCAACGCCGACGCGUCCAUCGAUGGUAUCUUGGUGCAGCUGCCGCUGCCGCCAACGAUCGACGAGAAGGCUGUCAUCGACGCGGUCUUGCCGACAAAAGACGUCGACGGACUGCACCCGUUCAACGUUGGCGAGCUCUCGAUGCGCGGGCGCACGCCGCACUUUACUGCGUGCACCCCAGAGGGCGUUCUGCAGCUGCUGGACGAGGAGGGCAUUGAGCUACAAGGCAAGGUCGUCGUUGUGCUCGGGCGCAGCGACUUGGUCGGCAACCCCGUCGGUAUGCUUUUGCGCAAGCGCCACGCCACGGUCAUCUCGUGUCACUCGCGCACGGGCAACAUCCCGACCUUUGUUGGCAUGGCCGACAUUGUCAUUAGCGCCUGCGGUGUCCCACGCCUCGUCCGCGGGAGCUGGCUCAAGCCUGGCGCGGUCGUCCUUGACGUUGGCAUCAACUUUGUCGCGGACGGCACGGUCGUCGGUGACGUGUGUUUUGACGAAGCCAUGGGCGUGGCUGGGGCCAUCACCCCCGUCCCUGGCGGGGUCGGGCCCAUGACGAUCGCGAUGCUCAUGCGCAACGUCAGCAUCGCGUUCGAGCGCCGAAUAAACGCUUUGGCGGGCAAACCCGUUUAA